AUGACCGAACAGUUUCGGGAUUGUUUUGUGGGUGAAAAAGGUUACGAUGCUUUAAAGAAAUUAAUGAGAGGUGGUAAUGAACUCUGUACAGAUAUUGCGAAAUGUUGGCAAGAACGUUAUGAUGUUGAAAUUGCCUACGCUAAAGGUCUUCGCAAAAAUAGUGAAGCAUUUCAAAAACUUGCUGGUCGAUCUAAAGGGUCUUUAGUAGAAGCAUUGACAACAGUUUCUACGCAAACAAAUAAUGAAAGUGAAGCUCAUAAUUUACUUGCAAAUGUUUUAUUAAAUAAAAUAUCUCUUCCAAUGAAAAAUCUGACUGAUACGCAAUCAAAAGCAAGAAAACCAAUUGAAGACGCAUUAUAUGCAAAAUUUAAAAUAUGGAAAGAUAAAAAAGAAAUCGAUAAUAAAUAUCGUCAACGUCAAUUUGAUAAUAGUAAAGAAAUCGAAGGAUUAUAUCUUAAAAUGGAUGAAAUUCCUAAAGCAGGAAAAAAUUCUACUAAAGAAACUAAUAAAAUUGAAACGGCACUUCGAAAAUUAGAACAAGAAUUAGAAAAAACAGAAAAUAAAUAUCAUGCUGCAACUAAAGAAGUCGAAAUAUCAAGACAAUCAUGUGAUGCUGAAAUGUGCAAAAGUUGUGAUCAAAUGCAAACGAUGGAACUCGAUCGAAUUAAUGAAAUGGAUAAAUUUAUUCAAACAUAUACCAGUGGAAUAAAAGCCCUUACAGAAACGAUGAAUCAAGUAACACAAGAUUUAUAUUCUAUUCGAGUCACACCACAAGAUGAUAUUGUUGUUGAAGCUAAACUCAAUCUUCAAGUCGUUGAAACUGAAAUUCUGCUUUAUGAUAUAUAUGCACAAAAUGAUCAUAAUGCAAUGAGUCAAGAACGACGAGUAUUAAGUCUGAUGCAUUGGAUGCAAAUGUUAAAACAAGAUAUUGAAAUUCAACGACGAUCAAAAGAUGAUGUUGUGGGUAAUGCUGAUAAUUAUCAUCAUCAUCGAAAUGGUUCAUCAUCUUCAUCGAAUGAUGAUGAUGGUGCCAUGCAUCAUCAUAAAAAAGGAGAAAAGAAAAAACGCGAGGGUAUUGAAAAUCUACAUGGAUUUUGUAAACAAAAUCAAAAAUUCUCAACAAGUGUUAAUUCAAGUGAAAUAAUUGUUAAUCGUGAAUGUGUUCGUCUAUUACAAUGUCUUUAUGAAGGAAGUUUGUAUCAAAUGGAAAAAGUUUUCAAUCAAAUUAAACAUUUACCUGAACCACAAUAUGAACAUGCACAACGUUUUGCUAAAAGUUAUACUGAUAAAAAUAUUCCAACAACUUUACUUCGUAUUCCGUUUCAACCAUUAAGUCAUAAUACUCCAUCUACUACAAGUUAUCUUGCACGCUCAACGCCAAUACUUGGUACACCAGUUUUGACGCAUCAUUCGGCACCUGCACCACCGCCGCCACCACCAUAUCCAGUUCAUGCACAAGCACCAAUUGGUUGGGCAGUUAAUGAUAUGUCAAAUGAUCAUUCAGGACCACCACCAGAUAAUCGAUCAGCAGCACCUGGUCCGCCUUAUCCAGUUCUUCCAUCUGUUAUGACAACAUCAACAGAUUCUCUACGACAGCAACAACCAAAUAAACAUGUUAAAGUUUUACAUUCGUAUGUUGCAGAACAUGCUGAUGAAUUAACCAUACAACCAGGUGAUAUAAUUAUAUUGCUCGAACGUCGUCCAGAUCAAUGGUGUAAAGGAAAUUUACAUGGAAGAGUUGGUUUAUUUCCAGGCAAUUUUGUACAAGAUAUAUAA